UCCCAAAACAAAACUGCCAUAUUCUUGGAAACCCAAAACAGCUGCGCUCUAUUCUAAACCCACUCACUUCUCUCAUCUUCACUAUAAAACCACAUCUCAUCCUCGUUCUUCUCCUCCUCCUCACCCUAUUCAAACUCAGCAUGCGGUUCAGCUGCAAUGGUUGCCGCGUCCUCCGCCGUGGCUGCACGGCGGACUGCCCCAUUCGAAGGUCCCUCGAAUGGAUAAGUUGCCCUCACUCUCAGUCCAACGCCACCCUCUUUCUCGCUAAGUUCUAUGGCCGUCAAGGCCUCCUCAACCUCCUCAUCAACGCUCCCUCCCAUCUCCAACCAGCGGUAUUCAAAUCUUUGCUUUACGAAGCUUGCGGUAGGAUGGUGAACCCGAUUUUCGGCUCGACCGGGUUACUCUCGACCGGAAAUUGGCACCUCUGUGAAGCUGCUGCCAAAGCCGUUCUCAGUGGCGCGCCGAUUCAACAGGCUCUUCUUGAUGGAGUGGAGAGCCUCGAUUUCAAGGCUUGCGAUAUUCGCCACGUGGCAAAGAGUCAUAAAUCGUACAGCCCUGGUGCACUCAAAGUAGUAAAGUCACGGGCCAGCAAGUUCAAGCGCCGCGCUGCGAAGCCAAAAGUGGACUCAACCGUGGCUGAGUUGGCUGGAAGCAAGUUAUUUGGACAGGGUUCUCUGAGUCAGGACUCGGAGUCUGGGUUGACUCGGACGAGUGAGAACAAAAUCAUUGGUGGGGAAGCCGAUAGUAGCAGCAGCGAGAAUGUCAUGGUGGCGGCUCGAGCCAAUGAUGAAGAAAUUGAGCUUCGGUUGACUUUGGGGUGGAGACCAUUGAAAAAAUCAAUAACUGCUGUAUUGCCACGUGUAGGGCUCGAUCUUUCUGGCUAGUUCGGUCCUUUCCUCCAACAAAACGAAUAGUUUAGUUUAGUUGAGUUGGUGUUGUUUUUGGAUUGUUGGAUUUAGAUAGGUGGUGUGAAUCUUUUUUCUAUUCUCACCCCUUUUACUUAUGUUAUGUUUUAGAUUUUUCAGAUGUACGUUCUUUAUGGGAGAUUUUUUAUACUAUUCUUAUAAAUUACAAUAAUACAAGUUUAUGACCA